AACCGUCUCACACAGACAAACAGACCAUUCUGACUUCAGUCUUUUAUUUUCUCUGUGAUAGAUUUUUACCAUUUAAAGUUUUUAUUUUUGAUGAGCUUUCAUUUAAAGUCAUACUUUCUGUUGAGAAGCUGAAGACAACACUGGCCAUGUUGUCGGCAGGAGCUGAAUGUGUGUUCAUGGGUUUGUUCCUGUACAUCUCAGGGGUUCGAGCAAAAAGCAUCUGUGCCUUAAAAGGUUCAUCAGUGGAUCUACACUGCUCAGCUCAACUUCCCAAAUCAAGCAUGAAAUGGUUCACUGUUCGCUGGGAGGACAACAAGAAGGUUCCAGAUCAAAUCUUUGCAGAUGGAAAACGUGUGAACAUAUCUGAAGAGAGCAACUUCACUAUUACGAUCAAUGAUCUGAGAGAGAGUGAUAAAAACACUUACUGUUGUAGUGACGUUGAUGACAAACGAGAUAAAUGCCAGAGGGGAGAAAUUCAGCUCCUUGUUGCAGACCUGCAGGUGAAGGUGUUUCCUGCCACAGGAGAAAAGACGGUGUCACUGAUGUGCAGCAGCAGUUGUCCUCUGACUGAAAGCCCUGUGGUCUAUAUCUGGUACAAGAACACAGAGUUUCUCUAUCAGGACUCGUCUCCUUGGUACCAGGAGCUAAUCAGCAGCGAGGAAUCAGUCACAUACUCCUGUGCUCUCAAAGGCUACGAGCAUCUCAGAGCCCCUGAAGUCUCAGUGGCUUCUCUCACAUCAGCCUGCUUCACUGUGACCUAUGCUAAAGGCAGAAUGUGCUCAAAUCAGCAGAGACCAGAAGAUGAGCCGUGCUCCAUCACAUAUCCCAGAGAAGUACAUGUUCAAAAGACUGAAGCAGAUCAGUAUUUCAAACUGGCCUGUAACACCAGCUGUCCACAGACGGAAGCUCAAACCAUCACAUGGUACAGAAACAGAAAAUUGGAGCCGGAACCACGAUCAGUUCCCAGCUCCUCUCAUGACUCUUACUCCUGUGCUGUAGAGCACUUGCUCUCAGAUGAAGUUUGUAUUCAGGAUCAAAACUGCUUCAGAGUGAAUUAUGUCAACAGGAGGAUCUGUGCUCUGCAAGGUUCCUCAGUGAACAUCUCCAGUGAAUACUCGGAUCCUUACAACCUGCAGUGGAAGUUUAAAUCGUGGUAUAAGAACAGGAGAAGUGAUAUGGCAGCUGGUGAAGAGCUGAUAAAGAGUACAGAUCGUAUUAAGUUUCAUGGAGUGAUGAAUAGCCACAUCCUGACAAUAAAACAUUUUCCGUUUGUAAAAUAUCAGCAUUAGCAUGGACAAGGUGAUGUAUGGAACAUGAUAACUGUUCCUGUCAUUAUCUCUGCAUUGCACUUACUGUAC